UAGGCUGUCUUCAGGCGGAUGCACUUGCAAAUGGGAAACUGUUUGAAUGAAGGCAAAUCGGUCACUGACAGUAAAUAAGUAAAUACGUUAGAAAUUUCAGAAGGGCUCUGCUGGUAAGUAUCAUCUUCAAGUUGGAGAGGCAACGUUUUUCUACUGGUCUGUACUCGUAACCUCCUCAUUGGUUGAGCUCCACAGAAGACAGUAAUGUGAUGUUAUUAAUGUUGUUAGUUAUUGUUAUAUCUCAAAUUAUCUAUUAUUUUUCACUAUAGUCAGAUUAUUGGAUCUUUAUAGGGGGGUGGUAUGUCUAGAGGCUAGUAUCAGCUAUCGUAAUUCACUGAGUAGGCAUUUUGUUUCUACAGAACCAUGGGGUCCAGUCGUCUCAUCUGCAGUUUCAUUGGUAGGUAUUCCACACAGCACUACUUUUAUCAUUAAGUUAGUUUUAUUAAAUUCAUUUAAAUUAACCAGCCGGAUAAUGGAAAUGGAUGUUUGGUGUUGAUUGUGAUUUUGGGUCUCUGUGAUAUCUCUACUGCAAAGGAUGAAGAAUAAUAGUUACAUUUAUAUUGAAUUGAAUAUUACAAAUUAUGUAUGUAUGUGUGUGUGUUAAUUAGGAGUCAGGAGUCCCCUCUAAUCACUGUUGCAGCUUUCCCUCAACUGCAUCAGCCCCCAAUGUCGUUUUUAUUAUUAUAUUAUAAUUCAUUUAGUAUUUUCUCAUGUACCAUGCAAGUAUUUCGAUGUGUUUUUGUAUCGUAGAACGCAACUAAGUAAACUCUGCUCUGUGGUUUCACUCGCUCAAAGCUGCAUCCCUCAUUAAUGUGCCGCUGAGUUCGGGUGCUGGGAGCUGCGUGCCUCUUGGUUCCCCAGAACUGGCCUCCAUCACGAUUCAGGCGAUGGGGAGGAACCUCACACUAGUUGGGAAGCGGCUGUGCUGGUCCGACGCCCUGUUCUACUGCAGAGACCAUCACUGGGACCUGCUGAGCAUCAGGGGCCCAGAGGACCAGGAGAUGGUUGAUGAGCUGGUGGCUGGCGCCCCCUUCCCGCUAACCAGACCACUCUGGGUUGGCCUGCGCAGGUCGAUUCGAGGAAGCUCCUGGUUUUGGAUGUCCGGUGACCCAAUGGACUUCACCCAGUGGGACACAGCCUCACAUCAUUCCAGCCCCUGUGCUGGCGUGUCCAGUGGGGAACCUUCCAAAUGGAGGCAAAGCUCUUGCGAAGAACAUCUUAACUUCAUCUGUUUUACAGGUACUACAGAAGUAGUGAAAAGGUACUUCUCUAGUUCCACAAGAAUUCCAACUUGUUAAAACUAGGCUGGUGUCACUGGGAAUGCAUCUAAUGAUUCACAAGUCCUAAAUCGUGAAGUUUCUGAAUGCUAUGGCUCAGAGGUUUUCUCUGGUUGCUAGCUAGUUCUGCAUUUUGUCCUUAAAGGCAUUGUCAUCAAACUCACGAAAGAUGUCUAUCCCUGGUAUUAGUGCUGUAAUAGCUUGAACAUGUAAAAAAGUUAGUUAUAUAAUCCAUGAACAUCAUUAUAAGCAGUGUUAGUUGUGAUAUUGCAUUAGUCCUUUGAUUCAAAUUGUGGAGAUUGAGUUCAAGAUGGUCAAAAAUCUAAAUAAAAUACCACUCGGCUUUUA